GACCUUGUCUCAAAACAAAAAAAAUUAAAAGGCAGCCUAAUGAUAACAGUGACCUUAACGAAAAGGACAGUUUACAAAGAAAAACAAUUUCCCUUGUGCUUUCUAGUGGCCAGGCCCUCAGAUUUCCCAAGAGUUAAUUAAAGCAAAAACAAACAAAACACCUCUAAGUCUCAGUCCCAGCUAACUGCUUGUCCUGUAUUUUUGCUUUGGAAAGUAGAGGGCUCUUUGAGGGAAAUCAACAUACUAUGCGAGUUUCUCACUACGCUCCUUGCACAAGAUGCAUUCCAUUAAUCUGAUUCUACCUAAAAAAAAGUUUUUGAAACAGGCGGCCCCGGAUUAGGUCUUGUCACAGUGCACAGCCAACACCCGCCCAAUAGCGGAACCCAGGUGGCCCGGGACUGAGAACUACAUCUCCCAGGGUGCUCCAGGAAGGGGACGCCCACCCGAUUGGCCAAGGGUGGAUGACGCUCGGUGUUUUGGCCCUGACGGUCACAUGUUUCCUUUGUUUUGAGCUGCGACUGAGACUGGUGGCUCGCGGAGACGCCGGCUCAGAACUGCGCUUCUCCGACGGCGCCUAGAGACGCAGGCCAGCCGCUCCAGGCCGCUCCUAGCCUGCGCCGAGAGGUACCGGGUGUGGAAAUUUAAACACGAAUAUUUUGGCUGGGGCUUUGAUCAAGCAAAUGCUGAAAAGCUACAUAAAGAAGGUCUCUGGUGGUCAUUUCUCAACAAUUAUUUAGUCAACUGAUGUAACAAUGGUACUAAUAUUGGGACGAAGACUAAACAGAGAGGAUCUUGGGGUGCGUGAUUCCCCAGCAACUAAGCGUAAAGUUUUUGAAAUGGACCCCAAAUCUCUGACAGGUCAUGAGUAUUUUGACUUCUCUUCGGGAUCAUCCCAUGCUGAAAACAUACUCCAGAUAUUUAAUGAAUUCCGAGACAGCCGCUUAUUCACAGAUGUUAUCAUUUGUGUGGAAGGAAAAGAAUUUCCUUGCCAUCGAGCUGUCCUCUCAGCCUGUAGUAGCUACUUCAGAGCCAUGUUUUGUAAUGACCACAGGGAAAGUCGAGAAAUGUUGGUUGAAAUCAAUGGUAUCUUAGCUGAGGCCAUGGAAUGCUUUCUGCAGUAUGUAUAUACUGGAAAAGUGAAGAUUACAACAGAGAACGUUCAGUAUCUCUUUGAAACGUCAAGCCUCUUUCAGAUUAGUGUUCUCCGAGACGCAUGCGCCAAGUUCUUAGAAGAGCAGCUCGAUCCUUGCAAUUGCUUAGGAAUCCAGCGCUUUGCUGAUACCCACUCACUCAAAACACUCUUCACAAAGUGCAAAACCUUUGCAUUACAGACUUUUGAGGAUGUGUCCCAGCAUGAAGAGUUUCUUGAGCUUGACAAAGAUGAACUCAUUGAUUAUAUUUGUAGUGAUGAACUUGUUAUUGGUAAAGAAGAGAUGGUUUUUGAAGCUGUCAUGCGUUGGGUCUAUCGAGCUGUCGACCUCAGAAGACCUCUAUUACAUGAACUCCUGACACAUGUGAGACUCCCACUUUUGCAUCCCAACUACUUUGUUCAAACAGUUGAGGUGGACCAAUUGAUCCAGAAUUCUCCUGAGUGUUACCAGUUGUUGCAUGAAGCAAGACGUUACCACAUACUUGGCAAUGAAAUGAUGUCGCCAAGGACCAGGCCACGCAGGUCUACUGGCUAUUCGGAGGUGAUAGUUGUGGUUGGAGGCUGUGAACGAGUUGGAGGAUUUAAUCUUCCAUACACUGAAUGCUAUGAUCCAGUAACAGGAGAGUGGAAGUCCUUGGCUAAGCUUCCAGAAUUUACCAAAUCAGAGUAUGCAGUCUGUGCACUAAGGAAUGAUAUUCUUGUUUCAGGUGGAAGAAUCAAUAGCCGUGAUGUUUGGAUUUAUAACUCACAGUUAAACAUUUGGAUCAGAGUUGCUUCUCUAAAUAAAGGCAGAUGGCGUCACAAAAUGGCUGUCCUUCUUGGUAAAGUAUAUGUUGUCGGAGGCUACGAUGGGCAGAACAGACUUAGCAGCGUAGAGUGUUACGAUUCCUUUUCAAAUCGUUGGACAGAAGUUGCUCCCCUUAAAGAAGCAGUGAGCUCUCCUGCUGUGACAAGCUGUGUAGGAAAAUUGUUUGUGAUUGGUGGCGGACCUGAUGAUAAUACUUGUUCUGAUAAGGUUCAAUCUUACGAUCCAGAAACCAAUUCUUGGCUACUUCGUGCAACUAUCCCAAUUGCCAAGAGGUGUAUAACAGCUGUCUCCUUAAACAACCUGAUCUAUGUUGCUGGUGGGCUGACCAAGGCAAUAUAUUGUUAUGAUCCAGUUGAAGACUACUGGAUGCAUGUACAGAACACAUUCAGCCGACAGGAAAACUGUGGUAUGUCUGUGUGUAAUGGUAAGAUAUACAUCCUGGGUGGAAGACGGGAAAAUGGAGAAGCCACAGACACUAUUCUCUGUUACGAUCCUGCAACAAGCAUCAUCACCGGGGUGGCUGCGAUGCCCAGACCAGUGUCUUAUCAUGGCUGUGUGACUAUUCAUAGAUAUAAUGAGAAAGGCUUUAAACUCUAAGACCAGGAUACCUCAUGCAAGAAGCCACGCCAACCCAGGAGGACAGGGUUUAAAAACUAUAAAGUGAGAAUGAAUCUCCUUUGUGUUAUGUGCAAAAGAAAUAAUUAAUCCUGGUGCCUUUCUAUCCAAAAUACCAAGAUUUUGAGCUGUAAUAAAGCCUUUCCUAUAAUUUGGGGGUUGGGGGCUUGCUAAAGAUUAUGGCAGUUCUGGCCAGGCUUGGUGGCACCAGCCUUUAAUCCCAGCAUAGGCCAGCUUGGUCUAUUUGUAGGGAGUUUCAGGCCAACCAGGGCUAUACAGUGAGAUCCUGUCUCAAAAACAAAAGACAAUGGUGGCUGUAGGCUAUGAGAGUGUGCCUUUGUGUUUGUAAGAAACCUAUGUGGAGUAGGAAAUAAUGCCCAUAUGUAAACUUCUUAGGAAUUUGUGAAUGGUCUCUUCUAUGAAUGUUUAUUUGUUUUGUCAUUUAAUGUAAAGAAAAUUGCAUGGCCGAAGCUUCAUUUAAGU